CGUACACAUACACACCGACGACGCACCACGCGCGCGCGCGCCAUGGGUCUCAUGAGCAUCGUCGGCAAGGUCGUCAAGUUCGCGGAAGACCACGCGGAUUACUUCCACUACGCGAUGAUCCCCGCGAUCAUCAUCGUCGGCAUGCACACGACCCCGCGCCCGGGUCUCGCCGCGCUCCUCACCCCGGUCUGAGAAGACGAGACCACCGCGACGGGCGAGAGGGGAGGAAAGUAGGGUUAGUAGAAUCGAUCGAAUAUUAGAGCGGAUCGGCUCGGAUCUGUUAGAGCAUGAAGCGGGAGAGCUCGGAGAAGAAACAGGAGAAGAAGACGAAAGAACCGAAGAAGCUCGCGUCGUCGUCGUCGGAGAAGAAGACGAAGAAGCCGCCGGGUUUGAGCAAGUCCCCGAAGGUGUUCCACGCGAAGCAAGCGCUGAAGAAGAAGCUCGCGCUCGUCGAGCAGUACAAGGCGCUCAAGGCGAAAGGCGCGGUGGACGAAUUUCUCUCCAAACGUCGGAAGAAGCUUCUUCACAAGGAUCAUAGGCUCCUCCCGCGCGCGCGCAACGAAGCGACGGGGGGUCCCGCGCGGGCGGCGAAGCGACGGUGACGCGGACGAGCGAAGGGAUCACCUCCCCCGGUGCAGGGGUGGGACCGCGCAUGACGUCAGCGUCGGCGGCGUUCGCGUUCGCGUUCGCGUUCGCGCGCGCGCUGCGGCUCUGGAUCCCCGCGUUGGCGUCUCUCCUCUUCGCGUCUGUCGCUGGCGUUAUGGUCACACUGGUUCCCAUACGACCGCGUUCGCGUGGUGAACGCCGAUCCUUAAGGACUUUCUCGACUUUCUC